UACCUGUGUUCUCAGAACUAAGGAAACUGGUUGUUGAAAUCACAAGAAAAAAAACUGAGCUAUCUUGUCCCAAACCAUCAUGAUCAGGCCUGUAUCAGUGACCAGUCUUUAUGAUUUAUGUAACAUUUAGCUCAGUGUUACGUAAAGCCUCUCCACGAUGGGAGCCGUCUGCUGCAUCCGGGAACAAAACUGUCCCCAACAAUGGAAACAAACACGGCCACCACCGACACUCCGCUACAUAUAAACAGACUUGUGUCAAUUUGAGCUCGUCGUUCUUGUGACCGCGUCGAGGAAAAUAACAUUGUUUCAAUGACUGCGCUAUAUUUUGAAUGAAAUGGUUCUCCCGUCAGUCACUAUGACACGGAGUCCGUCUUCUCUCUGAGCGAGCGCCGUGAUUGGCUGCCGGCCGACAAGGGGGCGGGAUCCGGGGCCGCGAUUGGCUGGCUGGCUGUGGAUGAGGGCGGGAUCAUUUCAGCUGCGACUGUCAAGAUUGGCAAAGCUCUGGCGCUACUGCUGCGUGCAGGUAAAAGGAACAAGCGACAAAAAAAAAAAAAAAAAAAAAAAAAUCAGAAAACAUUUAUCCUGGCAGAAAGGGAGGACUGCGAUGGAAACGUGGAGCCCGUUUGAAUGCGGCAGAAAUCGAAAAUAGAGGCAUUUGAGUCGGGCGAAUAAAGGCGCAACACCUCUUCGGCGUCUUGGAAGAAAGUGCCGUUGUGUCAACCAUCGUUUUGGCUCCCGGGCACGCUUUGUACCGCGAGCAACUUGGACAGCUGCGUGUUUUCAAGAAGCCAUCAACAAAGAAUGAAAGCAUUCAAACGAGCUCUGGAAGAAGAGCAUCGCCCGGAGCAGGAGCACUCUUCCGCCGUGUCGGACAGCGAUGACGGCUCCCCCCUCGACCUGUCGGGGAAGGGGCUCUUCGCCAAGCGCCGCCGCCGCGGGAACCUGCCCAAGGAGGCAGUGCAGAUCCUCCGGAGCUGGCUGUACGAGCACCGCUUCAACGCCUACCCGUCGGAGCAGGAGAAGCUCAGCCUGUCGGGUCAGACCAACCUCUCGGUGCUGCAGAUCUGCAACUGGUUCAUCAACGCGCGCCGCCGCCUGCUCCCCGACCUGCUUCGCAAGGACGGCAAAGAUCCCACCAAGUUCACCAUCUCCCGUAAAGUCGGCGGGAAAAACGAAGUGCACUCUCCCAACGGAGGCGGAGACAGCUCUCCCGAAAGCAACUCGUCCAGCGGCUCGUCUCAGCAGCGGCCGUCCGUCAUCCGCUCCGGCCCCACCCUGGACCUGAGUCUCCUCGGGAGCACGGCGACGGCCAUUCUGACGGGCGCGGGCUACCCCGGUAAGGAGGGAUCGGUCCAGGCGCUGAUGAAGCUGGAUACGCAGAGUCUGCUGAGGGAGGCGGAGGAACAGUCGGCCUGCCUCACCGGCACGACGAUAGCGGCGAGCCCCACCGGCGGCCUCUUCAACACGCCUCCCCCGACUCCUCCCGAGCUGUUCCCCACCCAGGACUUCAGCGACUUGAGGCUCCUGGUGGACGCAGCUCUGCAGAGGGCAGCGGAGCAGGAGAACCUGAAGAGACUCAAGGAAAGCCAGAGCACGCCCACGGAGUCGGUAAAGACCGAACUAGUCGAGACGCAGUGCAACGCUUACAGCAGCGACAUGGGCCUGACGCCACCCCCAGAGGACGGCCAGCAAGUCAUGGAUCCGUGCAGAGCUCAGAGUCUGAUGGAGAAGGCCAUGGCUGUCCCGGUGUCGGCUGUGGCGUCCGUCAAGGCGCCACUUCCUGUGUCUUCAUCACCCUCCCUACAUGCUCCGGUCUUACUGUCAGCCCCGAGGAUGUCUCCUCUUCCAGUGAAUAAAGUCAUCUGGAGUCCCUUGGAGAAGGACACUGCCAGAGCAUCCAGCCCAAACCAACCUCAACUUUUCUCAGCCCAUCUGCCAACCCUAAUGCCAGUCUCUGCCUUAGUCUUAGGACAGCCAAAUCCUCAGAAACCAGCUGCUCCUCCAGCCAUCACCCCGGCUCCGUCAUCCGCUUCAGUCUCGAGUUCCGUUACGUGUUCUGCAAGUGCGCCGGUGCCAGCUACAAGGCCAGUCUCAGUGCCAUCGCCGGUCCUCCUGCCCGCCACCAAUUGUAUGUCUUCUCCAAGCCAGGAUUCCUCCACGACGUCGGCUCUCGUUCCAGCCGCUCCUUCCCCGACCAUGGUCUCUCACUCAGCCUCCAGAGGAUUCCCCGUUCACCUGCCGUUCCACAAGCACCUCUCAGUACCGGUGACAACCCAAGUGUCGCCUGCAGCUUCGGUCACGAGCCCAGCGUCCGUCUCUGCCCAGCCAUCAACCGCUGCCGCUGCCUCGUCUACGUCGGCGAUAACUCCGCUUCUGGGCCUCACUUCCCACCUCGCUCCUCUCCUCCAGCCCUCCUCCGCGAGCAGCAGCAGCAGCAGCAGCAGCACCACCACCACCACCAGCAGCAGCAGCAGUUCACAGAGGAAUUCGGCCGUGGUGCCCGCCGUUUGGAGCAUGGUUCACGCUGACGCCAGGCAGCCCAGUUCCCUUCAAGUGGUGAACACCCCCAUUACCACAGUGUGGGGCCCUCAGCACAGCCUGCACUCAGUGAGUGAAACUGUUAACUAGGAGCGGGGAACGGGAUUUCAUAAAUCUGGACAACACUGUAUAUAGGAGAAUGUAUCUUCAUCACCAGUCAUUAAUCCUGAGCUCACAGAGUACAGUAAAGAAACGGACACAGGGCGAUUAGGAGAUAAAUUUUAUUGUUCAAUGUGCUGAUUUUGACGUGUUGCUGCCACUUCUCAAAAACGAACAUUCCUCAGUGCAGUGAAAACCUUUUUUUUUUUUUUUUUUGUACAAAGUUUUUUGACGCCGUUUUGAAACCUCUUUCCAUUUUACAGUUUUGAACGAGGAGGAGAAUAUCCCUCAAUUGUACAACAUUUCAGUCGGUGUAAUUAUCAGCACCAGCAGAGGUGGCCUCUACAGUAGCAGUACUGGACUUUAUUGAAUGUACAUAAGACGCUGAUCGUCGUCGGCUGCCUGUCACACGUUCACCUCCGGGAUAGAGAGAAGGACAGCGGGUUUAUUUUCUUCUGUACAGCAACAACUUCAUAGUCCUUCGACUAAUUCAGGCUGAAUUUAUUUUUAAGAAACUUUUCUUUACUCCAGUACACCCUCCUUCCCUUGUUGUAGAGGAGCUGAGCUGAGUGGAAAUUGAUUAUACUGCAGCGAGCCCGACUAAAUAACCCGCAUCAGUGUCUGUGCAUCUCCCCCUAGCUGCCGGUCUUUUUAUAACUAAGGGGGCUCAGUCGCUCUCAUGAAUUGUCUGUGUUCUAUACACGCUCCCAAUUACCCCACACAUCUUUAUUUGCCAAUUACAUUUUUUAAAAUUGUAUUUAAACAGCAGUAUUCUCAGUGUUUUUGUCGAAUAUGCUCCCUGGCCCCAGCUCCAGCUCCAGCAAGGCUGUGAAUGAAGGUUGCAUGAGUAGCUUGGUUACCUGUCGACAUCCGGCUCCUUACAGCUCUUGGAGAAACUUAUUCUAAGACACAACGCCACUAUCUUAUAUCGUGCAGAACACUUUAUAUGUCUCCCCACUUAAUAAAUUAUCCUUAUCUCCCUGAUGAUCUUGGGGCCUUAGGAUUGCUCAAUGUUUUUCAAAGCUGAAUGUCUUAUUAGUGAGAGAGGUAAAAUAACUAGUAGGCUCUUGGCAAAGCAAAUGUAGCACACUUAACAAGCUUUUUUGUUUUUGUACAAAAUCCUCAUCUGUGCUUUCCACUUUUUUUUUAGAGAUGGUUUCCGUAGAGUUUUCUAAUCAUUCAUAAUGCUGUAGUUUCCAUGAAACUGUGUUAGGAUAAACCACAAUAUACAAUGGCUGAACGUCACCUGGGCAUCUAUUAACCGUAGCAGCGUGCGCGUCGAGGGCGAUGUAGACGUACGUGAUUAAUGCUGUAGCAAGAUUGAAUCUUCAGUACUGUCGCUGUCCUUUGAGCCGUGAGUUCAAACGGUUCUGUUUCGCUUGUUGUUGCAGUCAGAAGGAGGAAGUUUGAUGAUUGGUUGUAAUACUGCUGAGCACUGACCACCACAAUCAUUCCCAGAAACCUUUUUUUCUGCAUUCUCGUUCAUGGCAGACGUGACAACUCCAACACUCGUCUUGUCAUGUUUCUGCUACGUUGGUUUGUCAGUCUGCCAACGUUAUUUUUUUGUUUUUUUUUGUUUUUUUGUUACAGGUACUCAGUAGACUGAUGUGCAUUUAUACCUCAAUUUACACAGGUCAUGUCAGGCUUGGGUCAUUCGUAGAAUGCUAAGUAUUAAAGUAAUAUUUUUAUUAUUCAUAUUACAUCUUCCCACUGUGACAACACCUUAUUAGCUGUGAUACUGGAAGUGGCUGGGUUAGCUUUUAAAUGGCGAUGUUUAUAUUAGGUUUUAGAUGCAAACUGACGCUCUCCAGUCAGAGAAGACUGAUGUGAUGAUGCAUGUAAAUAUUUUCAAGGUCAAGUUUUGUUUUCGUUGUAUGUAUUGGCAUGAACUUUAUCUCAAACUGUAGUUUUGUUACAGCUGAAUGCAUUCAGAAAGGUGUUUUUUUUUUUUUUUUUUUUUUUUUGUUUUGUGAAUCAUGACUGACCGUUGGCAGUAUGACUGGCUGCUGUGCCUUAAACCUACGACUGAGGGAUGAUGUCCUUGUUUUAUAUAAAAACUUCUCAAUAGUCUGUGCAAUAUACGCCUUAAACUUUAAAUGUGUGUUUUGUAUGAACAUUUCAAAGAAAUAAAAGUUCAGUUUUUUUUUUU